GAUAAUUAGAUGAACCAUGGGCUGAGCGGUGCUCUGAGUUUGUCAUUGAAGGAGCUCGCACUUCCUUUCCGUCUCGCAAUCUUCUUUGAUUUGCGAGUUCCUUCCAUUCACGAACACGAACAUAAAUUUCUUCUCUAUUCAUUUCCAUUUCUUGCUGUUACUUCGAUUUCUCAGACAUGGAUUUGACUAUCAAGCUUCAUCAUCUUCAUCUCCGCUCGAGCUUUCUCACCGGCUCACCUCUGUUGGAUUCUCGGAAGACUGUAUUUGGGUCUUGUCAGCAUCAGGUUUCGAAUCGAACAGCCGCACAAUCCAUUGGAGGUAACUUCAAGAGUAUUAGAGCUAGUAGUUUACCCAAUCCUAGAAGAGCAAAUUCUAGAAUUGAAGCAGUGGCCGUAGAAGCAUCGGUUGCGGAAACUUCAACCAAAGAUGAUAUCGAAUCUUUGUUUUCGAGCGAUUCUGUCAGUGAAUUUGAUGGUAAACGUGUAUAUAAACAGUCAAAUGCUGGCGAUUCUCGAAUUUCAUCAGGCGUGAAGCUUGAAAAUGUGAGUAAGAGCUAUAAGGGUGCGACGGUAUUGAAGAACGUGAGUUGGGAAGUUAAAAAAGGCGAAAAAGUUGGUUUGGUUGGUGUAAAUGGUGCUGGGAAAACGACGCAAAUGCGGAUUAUUGCCGGUCUUGAAGAGCCUGAUUCAGGGAAUGUGAUAAAGGCAAAGGCCAAUAUGAAAAUUGCAUUUCUGAGCCAGGAAUUUGAGGUUUCGUUGAGCAGGACAGUGAGAGAGGAGUUUUUGAGUGCAUUCAAAGAGGAAAUGGAGAUAGCAACAAGGUUGGAGAAGGUUCAGAAGGCAUUGGAAAGCUCUGUGGAGGAUUUGCAGUUGAUGGGAAGGCUAUUGGAUGAGUUUGAUUUGCUUCAGCGGCGAGCACAAGCUAUUGACUUAGAUGAAGUGGAUGUUAAGGUCAGUAAGCUGAUGCCGGAACUUGGGUUUUCUGAGGAGGACUCAGACAGGUUGGUGGCUUCUUUUAGUGGGGGGUGGCAGAUGAGAAUGUCGCUUGGGAAGAUCUUACUUCAGGAGCCAGAUUUGUUACUAUUGGAUGAACCUACGAAUCAUCUUGAUCUUGACACUAUAGAGUGGCUUGAGGGUUAUCUCAACAAGCAGGAUGUGCCAAUGGUUAUCAUUUCACAUGACAGAGCUUUUCUGGAUCAGCUGUGUACAAAAAUCGUUGAAACUGAUAUGGGUGUAUCGAGAACAUAUGAGGGAAAUUAUUCACAAUAUGUUAUUUCAAAAGCUGAGUGGACUGAAGCUCAAAAUGCAGCAUGGGAGAAGCAGCAGAAGGAAAUUGAACAGACAAAAGACUUGAUAAGUAGACUAGGUGCUGGAGCAAAUUCCGGGCGUGCUUCCUCAGCCGAAAAGAAGUUGGAGAGGCUUCAAGAAGAGGAUCUUGUAGAAAAGCCAUUUCAAAGGAAACAAAUGAAGAUUAGGUUCCCUGAACGUGGGCAGAGUGGGAGAUCUGUUGUGUCAAUAAAAAAUUUGGAAUUUGGUUUUGAAGAUAAGCAGUUGUUCAAUAAAGCAAAUCUUAUCAUUGAAAGGGGUGAGAAGAUUGCCAUUCUUGGCCCAAAUGGAUGUGGAAAAAGUACACUACUAAAAUUGAUAAUGGGUUUGGAAAAGCCAAAAGGAGGUGAAGUUCUGCUUGGGGAGCACAACGUGUUGCCUAACUAUUUUGAACAAAAUCAGGCUGAGGCACUUGAUUUGGAGAAGACAGUGCUUGAGACAGUAGAGGAAGUUGCAGAGGACUGGAGAGUUGAUGAUAUAAAAGGUCUCCUUGGGCGUUGUAAUUUUAAAACUGAGAUGCUUGAUAGGAAGGUUUCGUUAUUGAGUGGUGGGGAGAAGGCACGCCUUGCGUUUUGUAAAUUCAUGGUAAAACCAUCAACGUUGCUGGUAUUGGAUGAACCGACAAAUCACUUGGAUAUACCUUCUAAAGAGAUGCUCGAGGAGGCAAUAAAUGAAUAUAGGGGCACUGUCAUCACUGUUUCUCAUGAUCGAUACUUCAUAAAGCAAAUUGUAAAUAGAGUCAUUGAAGUUAAAGAUGGAAAUUUACAGGAUUACGCGGGUGACUACAAUUAUUAUCUGGAAAAGAAUCUGGAUGCCAGGGAAAAAGAGCUAGAACGUGAGGCAGAGCUUGAAGAAAAGGCUCCUAAGCUUAAAGCCAAAUCCAAGAUGUCUAAGGCCGAGAAGGAAGCACGAAAGAAACAGAAGAUGCAGGCAUUUCAGCAAGCGAAAGCUAAAUCAAAAGGACUAAAGAAUGCCAAGAGAUGGAACUGAAUGAGACUUGUUUUUAAAGAACUCUCAUUGAUAACGUUAUUUCUUGAAAUUAAUGUUACUGAUAGAAAUUAGAAAGCCUAGGAGGUGUAGCACACUGUGAGCCAGAUUCCUCACCUUGUCUAUAAUGUAUAAACAGAAUCAUAAGUUCUUUAUUUAGAUUUCUGUAAUGGAAAAUCUUAUCCUGUAAAUUCAUGGUGUUACAUACA